GAUGAGAUGGUAGUGGACGAUUACGUGUCCCUUCGAACUGAAGCAACAGCUUCAUCAUUCUUUACAGGUUCACUUCAUCACAUCCGCAGAUCUCACUGACUGGUACAAGAUAACGUACGAUCACAGCCGUCUACUUUGGCUUUAGACUAAUUUCGGUUGCUGCCACAGUUUUUCUUUUCCAGUCAGAAACUGAGGGCAAAAUUCCCAAUCCAUUUCGUGUUGCGAUCAAUCUCAUAAUUCCCCAAAAGGGGCGAUUCUAGAUUCAAUUUAUUUUACCAUCUAUUCCUGACACUGAACUCAAACUCCUCAAUUUUGACCCAAAAAAAGGCGCGUCCCUUUAGAUCAUGGAGAAAGAGGAAGAGAAAAAAGGGAGCACCGAAGAAACUGAAGCUAUAGAGCUUGUUCUCUUUCAAGUCUCUGAAUGUUACGUUUAUAUGAUACCACCAAGGAAAAGUGCAGCUUCAUACAGGGCUGAUGAAUGGAAUGUCAACAAAUGGGCAUGGGAGGGGAUACUGAAAGUUGUUAGCAAGGGAGAGGAGUGCAUUAUCAAACUGGAGGAUAAAUCCACUGGUGAAUUAUAUGCACGGGCAUUUUUGAGAGAUGGAGAACUUCAUCCUGUAGAACCUGUAAUUGAUAGUAGCAGGUAUUUUGUUCUCCGGAUAGAAGAGAACAUUGAUGGUCGCCUUCGGCAUGCUUUCAUUGGUAUUGGAUUCCGAGAAAGAACACAAGCUUAUGAUUUUCAAGCAGCUCUACAUGAUCACAUGAAAUAUCUGAACAAAAAGAAAACAGCAGAAGAGAUGGAGCAGCACUUCCAGAACACUUCCUCUGUUGAUUACACUUUAAAAGAGGGGGAGACGAUUCACAUUGAAAUAAAAAAUAAAAGUAGCAGCAGGGUGAAAUCAAAAUUUUUUGAGCAGGGCAUGAACAAUCUAUCUUUGGAGGAUAAGGGUGAUGGAAAGGAGCCAAAGAUUUUUCUUAAACCGCCACCACCUCCCCCAUCACCUCUUUCACCUUCUAGCACUGUUCAGGAGUUUCCAUCUUUUUUUCCACCUGAUCUCAGUCUUGAAGGAGCUUCUAAAGGUGACACCCCAGGCUCCGCCAAAGAAGACUCUGAAAAACAGCAUUCUUCUGAAAAUCAAAGUACACAAGAUAUAGCAGACGAUGAUUUUGGAGAUUUUCAAGCUGCAGGGUGAAAUGGUCUAUGGAGGUAUGUUUGAGACUAAACCGUACGGCGUCAGUAUUUUGUUACAUUUUGAUUUUUUAAAACAUAAAUCUAGUUUAUCAGAGAACUAAACUGUAACUGGUCUUUAAGAUUUUAUUACAAUUUGCAAUGUAUGUGAACUAGCUAUGUUUGCCUCUGUAUCUCUGUUCAUUUAUAGUCAAAUUUUGGAUUGAAGCCUUGAAGGGCUCUUGAUUUCUGGAUCA